GAAAUACACCCAUCUUUAAGUUAUUCCACUCAUGUGAUGGAUGUGGUCCACACCCAUCACAUGAGUGGAAUAACUUGCAACGUUGAAACGGAAUGUGAAAGCACACUGUGGAGGACAGCUUUGAAACUCUAGGAGUGCUGCAUAUGAACCCAGACCACUGCACCUUCUACUGCGGCCUCCACAUGUGGAUCUAGCAGGGCACCAUGCUGCAGCCUCCAGAGCCCAGCCAGGAGCUCGUGCGGUGGCUGGCCGCCCUCCGCCUCUCCCAGUAUACCUCCUGUUUCCACGAGGCAGGAUACCAGUCGCUGGAAGACUGCAGGGCCCUGACAGAUGACCUGCUGCUGGGGCUCAACGUGCUUUCAGCUCGCCAUCGGAGGCGCAUCCUCCGCAGUCUGGAAGCGGUGGGUUUAAAGGCCCAGACCAGUGGUGGGUGUGAAGAGGACAACGAUAGAAGGGUACAGAACCUGGGGUCGGAGAGGAAACCGGUUCCAUAUCCAAGAAAUGUGUUUAUAAAAAGAUUCACUGUGUUUGAAACAUCCCAGACAGAGCAGGGGCGUCACGUGGAGCGGAGUCAGACUUUGCCUCCGGGAGCAGGACCGGGAAUAAACACAGAUGAUCCGCCUCAACCAGCCCCACGUAACGCUAAGAACAUGGGGGCAACUACACCAGAUCAUCUCCGCACCCCAAUGUCUGUGACCUCCAGCAGCAGCGGAUCUCUCUCCGUCUCUGAAGCGCCGUCCGACUCGGAGGCCGACUCCUCGGGACGAGUCCCGCAUUCGAGCAGCCCCGUCGUCCCCGCUCCUGCUGAAGGUCCCGUUCCAGUGACGGCUGAAGACCACAGUUACUGUCAAGGCGAGGCGGCAGAAGGCCCCGUAAAGCAGGCACAGGCCCGUGCAGAGACUGCUGAAGCGCCACUGGUUACUUGCUCUGUGCCGCCAUCGUGUGGCUGCGCCUGCAAAUUGCAUAAUAUCAUUGUACACGUGUUGUGCUUCACUCGUUCUGACAAGAGCCAACAACGAAACAUAUACGGACUGUAAUGUGGCGGCAUCGAUAGUGAUAUUAAAAUGUUGUUUUUAAAAUACAAAAACAUUAAAUCAAAAUUUAUGCUGA